AAUGUCGUAGCAUAAUGGUUAGCGUGUUCGGCUAGCAAUAAAAAGGUUAAGAGUUCGAAUCUACCUAACGGCAAUUUCUCAAUGGAAUGGAAUAACCUUCUAAUCGGUUUGACUUGACCUGUUUGAGAUAGAUAAUGGGUCCUACUCCACCCUGGAUACACGGGUUGUGAAUCGCAGGACUAAAUCAAGGACUACAUUUUGCUUGUUGCUCUCCUCCUUCUAAAAAAACACUUGUUGCAGCUUGUUGUCAAGACAAUUCCGCGCAUACUUCAGCAUUGCGCGGAGUGGCGACAUUGUUUACAUGCCGUACGAACCUUAAGAGUCGAAUUCAGAAGUCUGAUGGAGCCAACUAAUGAUCAAUAUGAUAUUGCAAUUAUUUUACCAGUUUACAACGCAAGCAGCUGGCUUCCAGAUUGUUUCCGUUCAAUAGCAUGUCAAGUCAAAAACAAACUGAAAGUUGAACUCAGUGUUUUUGAUGAUGGAUCAACAGAUGACAGCUUAGAUGUAAUAGAAAAGUGGCAGCCAGUACUAGAAGCUGAAGGUUUCAAAGUUUUGGUUGGCGGCCACAAAGAACCAGCACCUAAAGGAGUUGGUUUUGCUAAAAAUCAGAGUAUCAAACAGAGCACAGGGAAAUUUCUUUGCUUCCAAGAUAGUGAUGACAUGAUGAAGCCUGAAAGGUUGAAUCUUCAAUAUAAUGCCAAUUUGGAGCAGCCAGAUUCUAUAAUAGGUAGUAAAUUUGAACGCGAUCCACCGGAAUCCACCGUAAGAUACACUCAUUGGGCCAACAGUCUAACACCAGAGCAACUUAAUUAUCAAGUACUCACUUCUCAUGGACCCACAGUUAUCAUGCCUACAUGGUUCUGUUCACGAGAAAUUUUCAACAGGGUCGGGGGAUUUGACGAGAAAGGAAAGGGAACGCCAGAAGAUUUAAUCUUCUUUUAUCGACAUCUAGAUUUGAAAGGACGGAUAUACCGAGUUGACGAAGUACUUUUAGUUUACCGCUACCAUCCAGACCAGACCACCUUCUCUAUCGAUGAGAAAGUUAUCUGGGAUUUGCGUUUGAAGCGUCUAGAACGGCAGUACUUGGAAAAGUGGACUAAUGGCUUCACAGUUUGGAACGCCGGGAAACAAGGGCGUCGAUUAUACCGUUCCUUGCAAGAGCAAUACCGAACGAGAGUUGUGAGCUUCUGCGAUGUUGAUGUGAGAAAGAUUCAACAAGGAAAUUACAUCUAUGAAAAUUCGGAAUUGCGCCCGAAACCCAAAGUACCCAUUGUGCAUUUCACCACGGCUAAACCACCGUUCGUUAUUUGUGUGAAAAUGGACCUGACGAAAGGAGAGUUUGAAAAAAAUUUGCAUUCACUCAAUUUGCUUGAAAAUGUCGACUAUGUCAUGUUCAGUUAAGGGAAAAUUAGACGAGGCUCAAUCAUCUGACUCCUAAUAAAAAUUUCGUACUCCACCACGGGUUCCUCCCCAUCACAUUCUUCCUCGUCUUCCUCAACUAUCUCGAACUUGCCUCUGCUGUGGAGUUUGGGUUUAGGAUCUGCAAAUUCAUUGGACUGUCUCAACCGUAAUUUCGGAAGCAAGAGACAUGUAUGUUAUUCGCCCCUGCAUAUAGUCUGAUACUUCGGGAUUAUAAUUUUCAGAUAAUUCCAGCACCUUAAAAA